AUGAAGUUUGUGCCACUUGCAAUUCAUCUUCAAGCAAUUGCAGAUUUGUAUGAGAAAUGCGCUCUACUUUCUGAAUAAUUGCAUGAGUAAAACUUUAAAACUGAUCAAGAUGCUAAGAGUACAAAUGAGAACACUCAGAAUUCUGAAAGCAUAGAAAUCGAUGAAAUCCAAAAUGUUUCUCCUAAAUCCUACGUAACUAAAACCAAAGAAUCUCUUAAAUCCAAUAUUAAAAAAAUCAAAACUCAAAAUCAUAAAAAAGUUUAGAGUUAGUGUUCAGAUUGCAGUCAAGUCUAUGAAGUUAAAGUAAAGAAGAAAGGUAAAAAACACAAGCAUACUUAAAAGACCAAAAAAAGUAGAUAAUUAAUCAAAAAACUAAGAACUUAACAAUAAUAAAAAUAAUUUGAAAUAGAUUUAAAUGAAAGAACUAAUAGUGAACAUUCUAUAACCAGCAAAAGUGAAAUUAACAAUAUUUGUACACUGGAUAAUUAAGAUCAAGGAGAUGAAAUUUAAAAUUAAGAUAGUCAAGAUGAAUUUGAAAUUUCAUUAUGA